AUGUCCAGGCCGACUUCUGUUCCUGGAUCAGCAGCGCCUGGGACGAGCGGCUACAGCUCCUACACAUCCGCGGGUGUGCCUGGCUUGAGCGGAUUCGGGAGAGGUGCAGCUGCUUCAGGCAACGCUUUUACCGGUGGAGGUGCACCUGGCUUGAGCCUAGGAUCGGGCAGCGAAGCUGGCUUUGGUAGAGGUGCGUUUGCGCUCAGCAGCUCCUGCUCUGUUCUGGAAUUGACUUUAGCCAGCGAGGGAGCAGAGGUCAAAGCGUCCUGGACGCUCAUAUAAGCUGACCGCGCCACACGUACAUUCGUUUACCUGUCUCUUGAGAACGUAAAGGCAACGCCAGUGGCUUUUCGGGAGCAGCUUCAGGAAAUGGAGCUUCCAAUCUUGGAGGUCUACUCAACGCUCAACAGUUUGCGGCUGCGCAAGCUCAGGCUCAAGCGGCGGCAGCAGCAGCAGCUCAGCAGCACGGGCUAGGCAGUAAUACGCAAAGGUUGGGGUCGGAGCUCUACAGCAGCACAUUGAGGAAUGGGGCAUUAGGAGCGGCAAGUGGAGCGGGAGCAGGUGGAUCGUUGAACAAUGACGACUUCCCAGCAUUGGGAGCGCCUUCCAAUCCCGCUACCGCUGCGAGUGGCAAUGCAGGGGUCAGGGAGACGAGCGAAUCAUUGAGCAACGCAAAUAGCGCUGCUACCGCAUCUGCUUCACUGGCGAAUGUUGCGGCUGGUGGUGCAAACGCUGUGGGAGGCGCGGGUGCGGGCGAACAAGCUUCGGCGGCGGCUGCCUUGCAUGCUCAGCAUGCUGCCAGGGAAGCGCAUAGACUCAACUUGCUCGGCAGCUUGUCUCCUUCUGUCGCCAACGCGCAGGGCGUGAAUGGUUCUGCAAACGCCAACGGCAUUGCCAAUCCCUUGAAUGCGGCUCGCGGCGGUUUCGGAGACGCAGAAAGGGUAAGUGAGAAGCAGGGUGGCAGGCUGUCGCGAGGAUCCAAGAGACUAGGAGAAAUGUGAACUUCUCCGAGUCAAGGCGGGCCCCGAUCAUGUUUGCCCGAGCAGUAUUGGCUUCGCUUGGCGACAAGGGAAAAAUGCUUCAGCUGGCACCACGGCUCCGUGCUGACUAGCACUCGCCCACCCUCACUCAGAAUUACGCGGCGAAACCUGGCAUGGGAGCGCCGCCUGGCAUGGCGUCUGCUUGGCCCUCAGGAGGUGCGUGUUGGCGGAAGGAGCUGCGAUGAUGGAUGCUCAGGCUGAAGCGCCCUUUCUUGCGAACGCGCCCCGCGCAGGGACACUAUCGAGGUUGGAUGACGGCUCUGCAGCCUCGCAGCACGCGCAGCAGCAGCAACAACAGCAGAGGCAACAGCAGCAUCAGCAAGCGAUACAGGCCGCAGUGAUGAGGUCUACGCCCGUGUCACAAGUCUUGUCUUCUCCGGCGGAUAGGUUUGGGUUGGUGGGCUUGCUGAGCAUCAUCAAGAUGCAAGAUCCUGAUGUUCAAAUGUUGUCUCUCGGGACUGAUUUGCAAGCGAUGGGACUGAGCUUGGAGGCUCCGGAGUGAGUCACCACCCACUAGCGACUAUCAUCCACUCGGCGGAAGAUGUGGACCGCUCACGCUGCUGCUAUGCACUCUUGCUUUUGCCUUUGCCUCACGCAGAGCGCUGUACUCGUCCCUUAUCACACCGCUGUCGGACAACAACAUGGCAGCAGCUUUGCAAGUGGAGCCAGAAUUUCACUUGCCGUCAUGUUACAAUGUCUCUCCUCCUUCGCCAGCACAUCACAAGGUGGACAGCUUCAGCGACGAGACACUCUUUUUCAUCUUCUACUCCAUGCCUAGGGACGUAAUGCAGCAGAUUGCCGCUGCCGAGCUGUGAGUCCAACGAUAGCUGUUACCUGUGCUUGAAUCGUUAUUCGAGGCAUUUAAUCACUCACACGAUCUGCUGCGCUGCUCUUGCGCUAGCUACCAACGCAAUUGGCGAUUUCACGUCGAGCUGCAAUUAUGGCUCACGCAAAAUGGCGAACCAACGCAAAAGACGCCGACUUACGAGAGGGGCUCUUACGUCUUCUUCGACCCGCGGACUUGGGACAAGGUGUCCAAAGGUGAGGCCACGAGAUCCGGAGGGCGCGCGCUCGAGUAGUGUGCUUAGUGCUCUCUCCCUUCUCCUUCUUGCGGCUCCCAGAUAUGGUACUGAUGUACGACGCGCUGGAAGAGAAGCCGUCACAAGCUGCCAUCUUGGCUCUGCAGUCUGCCCAGCAACCGGCACCACAACAGUCCGCGCAAGCAGGCGCUCCAGCACAACAACAGGUACAGACACCGUCCUUGGCGCAAAGGUGA